UAAAGCAGGACCUCCUACAGCCACUUUGUGCCAGAGAGAGAGUUUCAUCUGUGUCUGUGCCACCUACAGUCAUUGCGUGUGCGCUGAUAUUAUGCACUUGCACAUGUGUGUGUGUGUAGAUAUGUGUAAAUGUGUUCCUCCCACUAAGCUAUGUGUGUGCUGAGGGCCGUGUGGGCAGCGCAUUAGAUUUCUGAGACGGCAAAACCACAGUGGAAUGAUGUGGAGAUGAUUUGGGGGAUCAUUUAAGGUCCAGAGCUUGGCCAAGACGGUCACCUCUGGAAAAUAAAAAGCGGGAAUGACCCCGCUCCGAUAAGUAGGUCAGAGCUUUCAGUCGUAAAUUCAUGUGGUCUCCCAUCAAUCCUGCAUGUCAUGUGUAGCUUCAUUCCCAUGUAAUUAUUACUUUUAUGUCCAGAAAUGUUUGUGUUUUGUUCCAAGCGAUGGAGUGAAGGACCCUGUUUGUAUUCUCAUCUCCUCAUCACUGUCCUUCCUCUCUUUCCCUUGGUUUCAUAUUUUCUGCUGUCCAUCCAACAUCCCGUACUCCCUCGCGGCCCCUGCCUACUCCUUUCCUCUUCUUUAUCUAGUCCACAUCCAGACAUGCCGGGCCCUCAUGGUGGUGUCGGUGCUGCUGGGCUUCAUCGGCAUCAUCGUCAGCGUGGUGGGCAUGAAGUGCACGAAGGUGGGAGACAACAACCCGGCCACCAAGACCCGCAUCGCUGUGACCGGGGGAGCUCUCUUCCUGCUUGCAGGUCUGUGCACACUGGUGUCUGUGUCCUGGUAUGCCACUCAGGUGUCCUAUCAGUUCUUCAACCCAAACACGCCGCCCAACGCCAGGUAUGAGUUCGGCUCGGCCCUGUUCGUGGGCUGGGCGGCAGCCAGUCUGACGGUUCUGGGCGGCUCCUUGCUGUGCUGCUCCUGCUCCAAAGACGACAUGCGAGGGCAACAAUAUUACCGCCAAUCACAGCCUUCCACAGCCAGGGAACCAAAUGUUAAAAGUACCCCACCAGAGAAAAGGGAGCAGUACUUGUAGUUUGGGAGAGUCUUCUGGCCUUACCGUGGUUUAGAGUCUGUCAGCAGACAAAACCCUCUCACUGGGGAAUUCAAAACAGACAAGAAAGAAUUUAUAACCUUCCAAGCAUACUGCCACGACGUAAAUUAGAGUCUUUGUUUGAGUUAAAGAAAUUGUUUGGGGGGAGGUUUUUAUGAAUUUGUUGUUGUAGGGGGAUCAAAAAAAAGAAGAUAUCUCUCUCUUGUCUGUGUUGUUGACUUUGGGAGAGACAGUCAUUCAGGGUAUGUUUUCUAUAACAUGUUAAAAUGCCCGGGUGUAUAUACCACCUACUCUAUUCUUUCUUUCUUUUUUUUUUUUUACUACAUAUAUAAUGUUUUACUACAGUGCCUUAUAACACAUGUUUGUGCACAUGUAUGUUGUCGACUACAUGGAUUCUUUAUAGUCUCCCAUCCCGUCUGAGGAGAUCCUCUGCCAGCAGUUCUGUAUGCCUGUUUUUUUUUCUUUCUUUCUUCUAUUGUUGGAUUUCCGAAAAAUGAAUGUGAAGCUACUCCGCAGUGCCACUUAUAAAACAACAAAUGAUAGAUCUACAGAAUAAUGUCUGACGCCACGGCUGGUAAGAAGCCUGUAUUUUCCACGUAACCUGGAUUGAGGAUAUACCAAGUACAUUAAUUUUUGUUUCGUUUAAGUGCCGAUAUGAUUUUGUGUGAAUGACGGAGUCGCUGUAUUAUUGACUCUAAAGGAUGUACUGUAGCGUGUGCUGUCUCCUGUACUAAGGAAUGCCAGUUUGCUGAGUGUUCAAAUGCCCCUCUGAUGCCUGCAUUUAUUUACCAUUUGCCAUUCCUUGUCUCUAAUAUUUACCUCCUCCAUGUUGUGUAUCAUCUCAUUUACAGUAUACCCCUGUCUGUUUCUUUUAGAAUGAAGUAAACAGAGACAUAAAAAAAAAA